UCCUAGCGCAGUGCAGCUUAAAAGUCGUGGUCGUUAGCAGUUUUUUUGAAUUUAAUUCGAGUAACAAUAUUUUCAUUAUGGCGUUGAACUUAGCCGUUGUUUUAUUACUGGUUGCUGUGACUCAAGGCGACAUCCAUAUCGCUGAACCAACAUUCACAGUUACCAGUCCCACCUGUGACGAUCUUGAAUACUACCCAGGAGUUGCACAAGAAAUCACAGUAUCUAUCGUCAUCACCAAUGAUGGUAGCGAACAACUUCCUGCUAGUGACAAUAACCUCGAAGUGUCGUUCUGGACCUACCCACUACCCGAUGGUGUCACUGGUCUGGCGGGCCAACAAGAUCAAUACAUGCAGCUGACUGGCAGCACGUUCACGCUUGCAGCCGGUUCUUUGAGCGUCGCCAUCCCUGCUGGGGCUAGCAGCACCGUGACUGGCUCCACUAGCAUUUCCAUGCCGUCCGAUAACUGCGCAACAUUCGAGCAGCUUUGCGUGGGACUGGGUCUUUCGGAUGCAGCUUUAGGGGCCGGUGCGGGUAUGGGAGGCAAUGGCACAGAUAGCAUGACCGGGGCGUGCCUAGACUGGGGCUGUACAGCAGGACAGAUGGUCGGGGAACUAGAUUGCGAUGGACCUGAGGAUGCCGCCACGAGCAUUACCAUGACCUCGGUAACAAUGCUGUUCUCUUUGUGCUGUACGCUGAUAAGCCUGGUAUAAAUAAAUUAUACCUGCUGGGACUGGGAACCAUGGCAACUGCAUAAACCAUAACAUGUUAUGAUGAAUAUGACGUAUAUUAUGAGGAUAGAUUUAGAAAAUAAUAUAACUGCAACACUACUUUUACUA